GUUUCUCUAGUGGCAUUUUGGAAAUUUACUCCAACUUUUUUGCAUUUUUGUCCUACUGACUGGACAAAGGUGGGGACGUGUGAGGUGGCAAGUAUGUUGAGUUAUGUGGGAUGACUGUUAGGUAAACAAAUGAUUUCCACAAGUAGUAAACAGUAAAAAUAUUAGACUAAGCUCAGGUUUUCUCUGUCCUCUCUAUCAAUGGCGAAUGGCGAUCUCCAGACCUGAAUAUUCCGAGGAUGUUUCCAGAUGAAUUGGCCGAUGAACGGAUUUAGAGCUACCAAGAAUUCAAGAACCCUCUUAAAGAGGUUGUGUAUGAGAGUUUUCCCCCCGAGGAGUUCCAAGAGCGAUGGGCUGCACUUAUUUCUGAGUACAAGUUGGAGGACAACAAAUGGCUGGAAAGCCUCCACAAAGAAAGUCAUAUGUGGGUACCGGCAUACAUGAAAGAGUUCUUUUGGGCCGGCAUGAAGACCACGCAAAGGGUGGAGAGCAUCAAUUGGUUUUUUGACGGCUUUGUGAACCAUAACACCAAAUUGUUUAAGUUCCCACAAAAAUAUUGCAUUGCGUUGGGAAAAAGGGUUCGCGAUGAGGUUAGUGCAGAUCAACGAUGCUCCAAGUACUUGAGGAGGUUGGUUAGUGGGUUUAAAGUUGAAAAGUUUUUCCAAAAGAUAUACACCGACUCCAAGUUUCAAGAAGUCCAAACGGAGUGUUCGAGAAUGAUGUAUUGCAACGUCUGAGAGGAGAAGGUUUUAUCUGAAAACCUAAUUCAGUAUAAGGUGGAGGAUCGUGUUUGGAUUGUACUUUCUGGGAUUAGUGAGGAGAUCAUUACUGAUCGCUGUAAAGUGUACACUAUUACGUUCUGUUUGAGCACGAGUGAGGUUGAAUGUGAUUGUCGAAAGUUCGAGACACAUGGCAUACUAUGCAAACACUCUAUCCAGGUCCUUGAUCAAAACCUGGUGUUCGAUAUUCCGGAAAAAUACAUACUACCACGCUGGCGCAAAGACAUACCUCGGAAGCACACAAGAGUGAAGGUUGCCUACCAUGAUCCUGGUGAAACGGAACAUGUGAUGAGAUUUAACAAGAUGAUGGCGAAGUUCGAGCCCCUUUGUGAAACCGCUGCGAUGGUUAACGAUCAAACUAUGGAAAUGGUGAUUGAAACACUAUCCAAACUGACAAAAGCUGUUAAUGAAGCUAUGGUGAAGAAGGGAGAGGAAAAAAUUCCUGUCAUUAGUGGUGGUUCCAGAGACAUUAAUACAGUUUCAUCAACAGGUAAAGGUAGAACAAACUCUUCAGUUCAGAACGGUACUGUAGAGAUACCUGAUGAGGAAGAUCCAAACUCUCCAGUUAAUGACAUUUUUGUUCCCAUUGCAACACUGUUCCCUGUUAAAGACCCAAUUAUUAAGAAAAGGCACCCUGGAAGGCAAAAAGGUUCACGUCACAAAACACUGGCCGAAACAGGGUAUAAGAAAAGCAACAACAAAAACAACCUCUGUCGCGAUGUUAAUGCUGUUGUAGCUCCACUAGGUAAGGCUGUUAAAGGCAAGGCUGUUAAGGGAAAAGGCAAAAUCGCAACAACGGCAGGCACGGCUAAUCAAAUGGCAAGCACUUCUAAGGGAAUGGCAAGCACUUGUAAGGGAAAGGCCACCACAAGCACAGCUAAGGGAAAGGCGAAUGUGUCUCGGGAAAAAGUCAAAAUGUCUAAGGAAAAAGCUACUAAAGCUAAGACAAAGCCACCUGUCAAGCGCAAACGGCUCGAUGGGUUGGAUGCCUAGGAACAUCACGGUUGUCUGUUCAUUUAAGGGUAAUCAUGACCGAAGCCUAAUCUCAAUGCUAAUUAUCAUAAUAUGUGCCGACCCGAGAGUUGCUGCAGGUUAAUAUUAUGGCAGACUAAGUAGGAUGUUUUUUUUUUUUUUUUUUUUUUUUUUAUUUAUUUUUUUUAUAUAUAUCUUUAUUCCUGAGUGAUUGCAUACUAGGGUAUUAUGUUUGAAUGUAUGAACUGGGUUCUGAUCUGAUGUACUUUCAAUGUUUAAAGUGUGUUCAAUAGCUUUUGGGGUGUUGUUGACAGACUGUAGUUCUAAUGAAUUUGAUGGUCCAAUUUUAGAUUUGUA